AUGGCGCCAGAAAAGCCCACCAUCUCUGCUUCGUAUGCCUCCCCGGAGCCUUCUCUCGCGCGCACCUUCCAGCACGAAAUCGCUGCGCCACUGCGCCGAGACCACUCGGUUGCCGAAAAGAAGGCCUAUCUGUCCGAGCUGCGUGGCCUGGUGACGCUGGUGCAGGCCGAGGUCAAUGUCUUUCUGACAGAGCGCAUGGAGGAAGACAAGAAGGCCGCUGGUGCCAAAGACGCGGAACGCGACGCGAAAGAGGAGCAGAACUACGGCGAGGAGAAUGUCGAGGAGGAUGCUUAA